AUGAGUUCAGUACAACUGUUAAUCACAGAUUAUACAGGACUACAAACUGAAUCUAAACGAAGGUUCUCUGAGAUUAAACGUUCAUGUGAGUCGGUGAUUGCAAUUUUGAAAAAAUGUCAGGCAAUUAAAGAUAUGGAUAAUGAACAACAAAAGAAAGAUUUAUUGAAACCGUUAAUACUAUCAUGUAGAUCAGGAAAUGCCAAGUUAUCUAUUAUAUCAAUACCAAUUAUAAAUAAGUUAAUAUUUAUUAAUUUGAUUUCAGUUGAGAAUUUGUCACAAUUGUUACAAUCAUUAAUGGAAGCGUCAAAUUUAUCUGUUGAUAUUCAGUUGAGAAUACUACAAUGUUUACCAUCAUUAAUGCAGAAUUAUAAACUGGAAUUCAAUGGAGAUUUAUUGUUGGAUUUAGUUUUAAUAUGGUCAAAUUUAACCUCGAGUAAUAAAUCAGCCGUGGUGAUAAAUACUGGGCUGGCAACAAUUCAACAAAUAUUUACCAACAUCUACGAUAAUAUAAGUAUUGAACCAAGAGAAGGAAGUAAUGACAUUAGGCUAGAGAAUGAAGAAACAGUAAGCGUUGAUAGAUUAUCUUAUGAAGGAUUUUUAAUAUUUCAAGAUUUAUGUAAUAUAUUAGAAAAUGAAAAACCAACAUAUCUAAAAUCAUUUCAUAUGAGAACACUAUCAGUAUUGGAAAUAAUUGAAAGUAUACUACAUGGUCAUAAGCAACUAUUCCAAAACCAUCAAGAAUUAUCAUUUUUAUUAAAAACCAAAGUAAUACCGUCUUUACUUAAAAUUUUAAACUCAUCAAGUAAAAACUUUCAGUUAAUUAGUAGAACAAUGAGAAUAAUACAUGUAUUAUUAUCUGACCAACUAACUACACUUCAAAUUGAAAGUGAAAUAAUAUUGUCAUUUGUUAAUCAUUUAUUAUUAGAUAAUGAAAUUGAUGAAAAUCAAUAUUGGGAAAAGAUUUUAGUACUUGAAAUGUUUAAAAGCAUUUUUAUGGACUUCCUGAUAAUAAUACAAAUCUUUGAAGAAUAUGACCAUAAUCAACAAAAGAAAGAUGUAUUCAAGGAAUUGUUUGUCAUUUUAAAUACUUUUUUAGGUAAUAAUCCACAAUUAACAAAUGAUAUAGUUAGACCUCCACCAAAAUCAACACCAAAUAAAGAAGUGCUAUACUUAUCAAAAUCUACAUCAAGUAUCAAAACUUCAGUGUUAAAUCAUUUAGAUAAAUUUGAACCUCCAAUUUUCCCCGUAACUUAUGCUACAUAUUUAAUAUUUCAAAUUUUGAUACUGUAUUCGGAAGGUGUUUCAAAUUUUGUAUCAAACUUAUCUAGUGACUCCCAAAAUAUUGAAAAAGAUGUUGAGUUUACAAAUUCUUUAAUCGAGUCAUGUGCAUCUGAGGUCAAUUCAUUGUAUAAAAAGUUCAUUUAUUAUUCAAUGGAUGAGGAAAGUUUUCGUUUAUUAAUAAGGUCAUUACAGAAGUAUACUCAUACCACUGGUUUAUUAGGAUUGUCUAGAACAAGAGACUCAAUGUUAAUGAUUUUAUCAAAAUCUACAAUUAAUAAUGUCACUAAAGUACAAGAAAAUGAUGAGCCAGAGUCAUUAUUAAAAGAACAAAAGAAACAAAUUUUAGCGUUUGGUGAAUCAUUAGUUGAUUCAAUUACUUCGAAUUCUACACAACAAAGUAAUGAAGUUUUACACACAAGACAUUUCAAUUCAAGACAUGUAAUAUGUUUAAGGGCUUUAAUUAAUUUGGCUAUCUCAUUAGGUUCAACUUUAAAAUUAUCAUGGUCAGUUAUCUGGAUAACAUUGCAAUGGUGUAAUUCUUUUGUUUAUGGACCUGAUCAAUUCAGUGGUUAUCAUAGCAAAUCUCAAGAAAAUUUUCAAAUAAUGAAACCUGAAAUAAGUACUCAAGAGAUAAAUAGUGUUGAAUCAUUAAAGAAAAAGUUAUUGGAAAGUAUCGGUGAAUCUCCAGAAAGUUCAUUUAUAAGUCUAGUUCACUCCUUGACUGAUUUAUCUGAUAAAGCAUUUGAAAAUAAACAAGAUGAAAAUUCUGAAUUAUCUUUAUGCCCAUAUAAUAAAUCAUACUACUUACAAACCUUUUCUCAAAUUUGUGAAUUAAAUGCACUUAGAUUAAUUAAAGAAGAUAAAUGCUGGGAGACUAUCAGUUCAUAUAUUAUUUCAUUAAGCUGUAAUAGAAAAUUAAAUAACAAUUUACGUGUCUAUGUUGUUCAAAUAUUUAACAAAACAAUAGAAUCAAUUGCAAAUACAGGAUUUAAUGAACACCAAUCAGAAGAUAUUAUAAAACAAACUUCAAAUAAAUCAUUACAAGCUUUAAACCAGUAUUUAGAAUCAUUGUUUAAAAUGGGUGUGCCACAAGAAUUACUUGUUUGGAAUUGGGAAACAGAAAUCCAUUUAUCUAUAUUGACAACCUUACAUUCAUUGAUUGAUAAAUACGAUACUUAUUAUCAACACUCAUGGAAUAAAGUAUUUAUAAUUUUGAAUACUCCUUUCAAAUUAUCUCAAAAUGCAAAUUUGAAAGAUAAAUUACAAUUAUUAGUUGAGAAAUCAUUUGAUACUCUAAAAUUAAUCCUUGAUGAGUUUUUAUUAACUUUGCCUUUUGAUCAAUUUAAGUACUUGAUAGAUACAUUAAUUAAAUUUUGUGAUCAAAAAUUUGAUUUAAAUAUCUCAUUUAGUUCAGUCAGUUAUUUUUGGUCAAUUAGUGACGCAUUAAAACUGAAAAUUAAAGCUGAUAGUAAAGUACCUAAAGUUAAUAACGAGACAGAAUUCGUUCAAUAUAUUGAUGAAUUGAAUGAUGAUAACUAUAUUAGUCUAGAUAUUUAUUUAUUAUACAGUUUAGGUAAAUUAUCGAAAGAUGAAGUUGAUAGAGCCCAAGUUAGAGACGGUUCAAUACAAACCUUUUUUCAAAUUAUAGAAAGUCAUGGUGAAAUUUUAAAUAAAAGUUGGGAUUUGAUUUAUAAUAUUGUGUUACUGAAUAUUUUUAAGAUUGUACCUCCAAAAAAAGAUAAAGAUUGGUUGGAAACUUCACAAUUAAUCCUUGAUGGGUUUGUAAAUUUGUAUAACAAAUAUGUUAAGAAUGAUGAAACAUUAGUUGAUAAAUGGGAAGACCUAAUUACUUAUUUAAAUAAAUUGACUGAAUUAAAAUGGGCUGAUUUAGAUAUUAUAGUUUUCAAAUCAUUACAAGAAUUGAUUAAACCUCCAUUAAUAAAGAAUGAACAAAUACAAAAUUCAAUAUUUCAACAUUGGAGUUCUUUCAAUGUUGAGUAUGAUUUUAUCAAUGUGAAUUAUCAAGAUUCAUUAGUUCAAUUGAUGAAUUGUUUCCCAUUAAUAUAUGAUUUGAGUUCAGAUUUAUUAUCAGUUGUGAAAAUUCAACUAAUUAUUAAUAUAUUUUAUCAAUGUGCAAGAUAUCCCGUUUUACAAAUGAGUCAAAAUGAUACAACCAAAGCAACCAAAUUACAAUCAUCAAUUAUAAAUAAUUUCAAGAUUAUAGAUAUAGAUAAUGACGAAAUUCAAUCAGCUGUAAUUCAACAAUUGAGUAAUAUAAUAGUUUUACCAUUUGGUACGAGAUCAAGGAUUGAAGAAAAAUUAUCAAAAAAUGAAAUCAUAAUGAGUAAGUUUAAAAUUCCAACAUUUACAUCAAUAAGUCAUGAAUCAUUAGAAAUAUUGAAUACUAAAUUACAGAGGUUGCAUGAUUUUACCACAUUGAUCAAAGAUAAUGGAGUUGUUAGAGUCAUGAAAUCCUUAAUUGAAAUAAUAGAAAAUAAAUCAGUUGGAUUACCAAAUAAAAAGCCAUUGUGGAUUGAAAGUAAUGAUGUUUUAGUUUAUAUAAUUUCAAAGUUAAAUGAUCACCAUAGUUUGAAUGAUGAAGAGAUUUGGAAUUUGAUCAACCAAAGUAUAAAUAUAUGUUUUAGUUCAACAGAACAAAGUCAAGAGAUUGUAAAUAUUGAACAAUAUAAUAAAUUAACAACGAUCAUACUACCACAAUUGAAACAUAGAAAAGCAAGUGUUGAAGAAUUUUUACUGAAUAUUUAUCUAAACUCCUUUUUUUAUGAUUUAAAUGCAGAUGAAAAAAGUUUAUUUGAUGUUGAAGCGUUUAAAGAUAUUGAUAUUGAUAAAUUUACAUCAUUUGAUUAUAACAGAUUUUUUGGAACUACUGAACCAUUGCAUAUUUAUUCAAAUAGAAAAGUUAGACAGCAUUGUUUAUUAGAAUUGAUAAAAUUUGCCAAGCAAGAAUCAAAUUUAAAAGAGGCAUCAGAAAUAUACCUUAUUAAACGCGCCUGUUUUUGUUUGAGAAGAGUUUUAAGUGAUUUAAAGUUGAUUAUUGGAUGUCCGUUACCAUUAGUUCAAUUGAAAGAGUUACAUAUUAUUCUUGAAGGUUUUAAAACUUUAACUAACAUCAGUGAAGUAAAUAAAAGAGAGUUUAAGAAAUUAAACAAAGUGUUUAUUAAAUUGUUACCAAAUUUACAUAAGAUCAAUGAUUCAAAUUCAGCAUUACCUCAGAUUUUAGAAAAUUAUGCCAAUUUAUAG